AGGUCCCCGGCGCCAGCAGGUGUCCCAACCCAGCACUCGUGCAGGGACUCGGCUCCUGUCCAGGAAGAAAGUGAUCCGGCCCUCCAGCCAGGAAGUCCGGCUCCCCUGCCAGGGCGCGCAGCCUGGGAGCUGCCCCAGGCCAGGGGCGCCGACGCCACCUGCCGAGGAGCGGCGGACGCGGAUGCGGACGCGGGCUGAGAGGCGAGGCGGGUUCUCAAGACCCGCGGCCCCCGGGUCCUUGACUUCUCGGAGAUCGGAGAUCGGUUAAAUACAAAGCUCUCCAAGUGACUGCAAAUGUGGGACUAUUUUAACACUCUGUCCCAGCAUGUCUUCCUUCUACAGGAAUAAAGGCUAUGUGGAAACUCCAGCUUAUUCUGGCCACUCAGGCUCUCAGAACUACACGAGGGGGUAUUCGAGCACUCAGGAUUAUCCGGAUUUUCCAGAUCCUCUGAAUAAUCCAGACUACCCCAGUGCCAGCAGUAGUCCGUCCUCUGCAGGUUCUAGAACAAGUCCAGACUAUCUUCUGUCUCUGCCAGAGCCAGAUUACAGUGACUCUCAGAGCAGUCCAUACCACCGCGACUCAUCCAGAGAUUUGGACUACCGUGGAUCUCAACGGAAUCCUGAGUUUGCAGGUUCCAGAAGCAACGGGAACUAUGAAGGCUCUAGAACAAGUCCAGAUUAUCUUGUCUCCUUGGGAGAACCAGACUACCCUGGAGCCCAGGGCACCUUUGACUCACCCAUCCCCAGAGCCAAUUCCAACCUUCUAGGAUCCAGAAAGAAUUUGCAAUAUGCUGGUUCCAGAGUCAACCCAUCCACGCGAUCUCUGGGACAGCCUGAUUACCCAGGUGCUGAGAAUCAACCCGGCUCCUCACACUUUUUAGGGAAGCCAGACUAUCUUGUUGCUGAGAACUUUCAGAACUCUCCCGCCUUUUGGGGGAACCCUGAUUACCCAGGUGCUGAGGAUGGUCAGGAUUAUGGCUCUUCUGAUACCCUGGAAGUGACCAGAAGGAGCAGUGGCCCCUUGGGCGUUCUUGGUGGAGACCAUGAAGAUUACCCUGAAAACAUUGAAAUGACAUCCAUGAGAGUGGCAAAUCCUUACGGCCCCUCCCUGCCAGGUGCUCCUGGAAAUGGCUAUGUGAAUCCUGCUUUUGGGGGUGAAGGUAGCCCUAUCCCUGCUUAUGGAAACCCACCGUUGACUGAAAGUCACUGGUACAAGUCACCCCAAGGACAGAAGUUAAUUGCAUCUCUGAUCCCCAUGACAUCCAGAGACAGAAUUAAAACCAUCAGGAACCAACCGCGGACCAUGGAAGAGAAGAGGAACCUCAGGAAAAUAGUGGACAAAGAGAAGAGCAAGCAGUCCCAUCGUGCCCUGGAAUUCAACUGCUGUGCCCAGUGCCUGAGCUCCCUCUCACUGGGCUACCGGAGAGCCAAGAGCAACGUGUCGGAGCUCCUCAACUCCGUGAGCCUGUGGCAGAAGACACUCAAGGUCAUCGGGGGCAAAUUUGGAACCAGCGUCCUGUCCUAUUUCAACUUUCUGAGGUGGCUCCUGAAGUUCAACAUUUUCUCGUUCAUCUUGAACUUCAGCUUCAUCACGAUCCCUCAGUUCACCGUGGCGGAGAAGAACACCCUCCAGUUCACUGGGCUGGAGCUUCUCACAGGGGCGGGUUAUUUUCGGGACACCGUGCUGUACUACGGCUACUACACCAACUCCACGAUCCAGCACGAGCACAGUGGGGUCGCCUACAACAUGCAGCUGGCGUACAUCUUCACCAUCGGAGCCUGUUUGAUCACCUGCUUCUUCAGUUUGCUCUUCAGCAUGGCCAAGUAUUUCCGGAACAACUUCAUCAACCCCCACAUUUACUCCAGAGGCAUUGCUAAGCUCAUCUUCUGCUGGGACUUCACCGUCACCCAUGAGAAGGCCGUGAAGCUGAAGCAGAAGAAUCUCAGCACGGAGAUCCGGGAGAACCUGUCUGAGAUCCGUCAGGAGAACGCCAGGUUAACGUUUCAUCAGCAGCUGACCCGCUUCUCUGCUCACGUAGUAGCCUGGGUGGUCUCCACUGGAGUGGCCGUGGCCUGCUGUGUGGCUGUUUACUACCUGGCUGAGUACAACUCGGAGUUCCUGAAGAAGCACAGGGACCCCUGGGCGGUGCUGCUGCUGCCCUUCGUGGUGUCUUGCAUCAACCUGGUUGUGCCGCGCUUCUACUCCAUGUUCAGGCUAGUGGAGAGGUACGAGAUGCCGCGGCAUGAGGUCUACACGCUCCUGAUCCGAAACAUCUUCCUGAAGAUGUCAAUCAUUGGCAUUCUUUGUUACUAUUGGCUCAACAUCGUGGCCCUGUCUGGCGAGGAGGAUCAUUGGGAUGCGAUUCAUCACGAGUCUUGGCUUGCAGGAAUUCGACAUUGCUAGGAACGUUCUAGAACUGAUCUAUGCACAAACUCUGGUGUGGAUUGGAAUCUUCUUCUGCCCCUUGCUGCCCUUUAUCCAAAUGAUCACCCUUUUCAUCAUGUUUUAUGUCAAAAAUAUCAGCCUGAUGAUGAAUUUCCAGCCUCCGAGCAAAGCCUGGCGGGCCUCUCAAAUGAUGACUUUCUUCAUCUUCUUGCUCUUUUUCCCGUCUUUCACUGGAGUCCUGUGCACGCUGGCCAUCACCAUCUGGAGGUUGAAACCCUCCGCCGACUGUGGCCCCUUCCGAGGCCUGCCUUUCUUCAUUCACUCCAUCUACAGCUGGAUCGACACCCUAAGCAGACGGCCUGGCUACCUGUGGGUUGUUUGGAUCUAUCAGAACCUCAUUGGAAGUGUGCACUUCUUCUUCAUCCUCACUCUGAUUGUGUUAAUCAUCACCUAUCUUUACUGGCAAAUCACAGAAGGAAGAAAGAUAAUGAUCAGGCUUCUCCAUGAACAGAUUAUCAAUGAAGGCAAAGAUAAAAUGUUUCUGAUAGACAAGUUGAUCAAACUACAGGAUGCAGAGAAGAGAGCAAACCCCAGCUCACUCGUACUGGAAAGGAGAGAGGUGGAGCAGCAAGGAUCUUUGCACUUUGGGGAGCGUCAGUCUACCCCUGACCUGCGAUACAGGCGGUCCGUUCAAGAAGACAGUACGAAGGCGUGAUGGCUGUUGCGGUAGGCGGAUGCCAAUCAACAACUUCUUUGUGACACCUGAGCCUGUGGGGGUUUCCCAGAAGGGGAGUCCCAGCCUUUAGCCAGGAGCAGAAACUGACCAUGCAGUAAACACCGAGGAAAACUGAGCAUUCCCUGUUCUGUUUUACACCUGGAUUGCUGAGUUUUCAAAACAAAGUAUUUGGAGUUUUCCAAUAAAGACUGUUGUACUAUACUGAGGCUAGCUUACAAAGACCUUGGACAGAGGUAGUCUGGGAAUGAUGGAUUUUAUCUCCGAGAGAUGUGUGCGCAAGGGACUGGUCCUUGGGAUUCUUGCCUCCCAGAUCUGGCAAAGGUUUAGAAACCGGUGCUGAAAAAGAUGAUUCCAUCUCAAUAAAUAUGAGAUCUGCAAUUGGA